AUGAGCAACUACGCAGAUUCGUGGCUCAAGUUCGAGGAGGGCGUUGGUACAAGGCCCAUUCUCAGUGGCACUCCGGAAGAGAUGCGAACCGCUCACGCCGGUUUAAUGGGCGCACUCAAGCCACAAUACCCUCCAAACCCCGUAUCCGUUACCAUCCAUGAAGGUUUACAAGACACUUUUGGAUACCGCGUAUAUCGACCAUCUUGCAGCACCGACGGCCCAUUGCUACCAGUUGGGAUAUAUUACCAUCCGGGUGGGUUGGUUGUCGGCCCUUCAAUCGCCGAUGAAUACUUUUGCGCGGCAGUCGCAGCCAAGAAUCAAACUGUGAUCGUCGCGAUCAGCUACAGACUGUCUCCUGAACACAAGGCGCCGGCUCAUUUAGAAGAUGCGUUGAAAGGAGUCGAAUGGGUAUCUGAGAAUGCAGCUACGUUUGGAGCUGAUGCAUCCAAAAUAUACGUCGUCGGUGUUUCGGCCGGCGGUGGCCUAUCAGUAUCUGUCACUCGCAAGAUUCUUCUGGGUCAAACUCCUCUUGAUCCAAAAAUAAUCAAGGGUGUCGCAGCCUUUUGUCCUGUACUGCUACACCCAGACAACAUCCCUUCCAAUUAUAAAUUACUGCACAAGUCCAGCGUCGAGAACAAAACCAAUACGCCACUCGUAGAUGGAGAGUCACUUCGCCUCUUCAUAGGACUGGCUGGCCAACGCCCCGAUGAUCCUGACUAUUUUCCAGCACUGGACGGGGAUAGUCACAAGAACUUUCCACCUACGUACUUGGUCAAUUGUGAAAUGGAUUCAUUGCGAGAUGACGUAACGGUGUUCGAGGCGUCUCUGAGGGCGGCGGGGGUGAGUGUCAAGUCUGACUCUUAUUCAGGUCUCCCUCAUUGCUAUUGGAUUGUUCCAUAUCUCCCAGAGACGGAAACCUUUAUGCAACAGUCUUAUGUUGGCAUACAAUGGGUUAUUGAUCAGAUCUAG